GCCAGCCCCAUCAGAAUUAGCUCAUUGUUCACUAGCACACUGGCAGCGGAGAGCGGGAGAGAGAGAGAGAGGAGAGAGAGAGACUGAGACUCUUAGAGAAAGACACACACACACACACACACACACACUCUUGGAGAGAGAGCGCGCGAGGCAGGGAGACCUUCCCCUCCUUUUUCCACGGCUGUACUUCUUGGAAGUGAAGCUGGUGUAGAGAGGAGAGAGUGAACAGGGAGCGGGGCUUUUGUCUGUUGAUCUCCCUGGACUGAAGAGAGGGAGGGUGCAAGGCCAAGACUGUUACGAUUCUCAAAAUGGUUUAUUACCCAGAGCUCUCUGUCUGGGUCAGUCAAGAACCAUUUCCAAAUAAGGAAAUGGAGGGAAGGCUUCCUAAGGGAAGCCUUCCUGUCCCCAAGGAGGUGAACCGCAAGAAGGAUGACAAGAUUGAGGCUGCCUCCCUGACUCCACUUGGCAGCAGUGAACUCCACUCCCCAGGCAUCAGUUACCUCCACUCUUUUUAAUCGUUAACACCUCCAUUUGUAUUACAUAUGGUGUAUGGGUAUUGAUGAGGUCAUGGUAUCAUAUAUGGGAUUUUUUUCUGUGUAAAUCAUCAAGUAUAAGAAGAAACUAUGGGACUCUGAGCCUUGCUUUAGAGAAUUUACAGUGGACAAAUAGGUAUCAUCAAACCAGUUUUUAAUCAUUCUGACUCAAGUGAAAACGCUCAGAAUUUCACACUGUGAAUCCACGUUUACAACCCUUACAGGUGGGCCUUCAGGCCUGGUUCUCGAUGACGAUGUCUUCCACAACUCAGACUCCCUCUGCUGUCACACAACCGGUCCACUCCUGCCUUUUCACUCACACAGCUCCCUACUGCUUCUUGCAGAGGCUGAGAGUCCCCAUUUUUUUUUUCAUUUAGAUGUAACAAGCCUAGUAGUUUAUGUUCAUCAAUUGUCUGUAUAUCUCUAUAUUUUAUCCAUGUACUCUU